AUGGCAGGACUGCAGCAUGAAUCACGAACAACAGGAGGCAGUAACCGUGUUUCAGCUGUUGAUCUUACUUCUAUUGUUAACAGUAAAGACUAUGAUCAUAAACACAUGAAUCAUGAUCAGAAACCUGGAUGGAGAAAUUUUCUAUCAUUUGUUGGCCCUGGUUUCCUAGUUUCAUUGGCUUAUCUUGAUCCUGGCAACAUGGAAACUGAUUUACAAGCAGGUGCAGACCACAGAUACGAGCUACUUUGGGUGAUUUUAAUCGGGUUAAUUUUCGCACUCGUGAUUCAAUCUCUUGCUGCAAAUCUUGGUGUAAGCACAGGGAAGCAUUUAUCAGAGCUAUGCAAAGCUGAAUACCCCAUUUUGGUAAAGUAUUGCUUGUGGCUGCUAGCUGAGAUUGCAGUCAUCGCUGCAGAUAUUCCUGAAGUGAUUGGGACGGCUUUUGCACUGAAUAUCUUAUUCAAGAUUCCUGUUUGGGUUGGCGUUCUUCUCACUGGUUUUAGCACCCUCCUCCUUCUUGGCCUCCAAAAAUAUGGGGUGAGGAAGCUCGAAAUAUUGAUAGCCAUUCUAGUUUUCGUGAUGGCGGGUUGUUUCUUUGGAGAAAUGAGCUACGUGAAACCGCCAGCUGCUGAUGUGCUAAAGGGAAUGUUUAUUCCAAAACUUAGUGGCCAUGGCGCCACCGGAGAUGCCAUUGCGUUACUUGGUGCACUUGUCAUGCCGCAUAAUCUCUUUCUCCAUUCGGCUCUUGUUCUUUCUCGCAAGAUACCAAAUUCAGUUCGUGGCAUCAAUGAAGCAUGCAGAUACUUCCUGAUAGAGAGUGGUCUUGCUCUAUUUGUAGCAUUCUUGAUCAAUGUCUCGAUGAUCGCUGUUUCUGGCACCGUUUGCUCAGCAGACAACCUAUCAAGUGACCAAAAAGAUCGUUGCGAUGAUCUUAACCUUAACUCGGCUUCAUUUCUUCUUAAGAAUGUUUUGGGGAAGUCCAGCUCCACUCUUUACGCAAUCGCUCUGCUAGCGUCAGGCCAGAGUUCAACAAUCACAGGCACAUAUGCAGGCCAGUUUAUUAUGCAGGGUUUCUUGGACUUGAAGAUGAGGAAAUGGCUCAGGAACUUGAUAACAAGGUGCAUUGCGAUCACGCCGAGUCUAAUAGUAUCGAUAAUUGGUGGGUCGUCUGGAGCUGGAAGACUGAUCAUCAUUGCAUCGAUGAUACUCUCCUUUGAACUUCCAUUUGCACUCAUUCCACUCCUCAAGUUUAGUAGCUCUGCUACCAAAAUGGGACCUCACAAAAACUCAAGAAUUAUCAUUAUCUUCUCAUGGGCAUUAGGACUUGGCAUAAUCUGCAUCAACAUCUACUACUUGAGCACAGCAUUUGUCGAUUGGUUAAUCCAUAGCACUUGGCCAAAAGUUGCAAAUGUGUUCAUUGGGAUGCUAGUGUUCCCCAUCAUGGCCAUCUACAUUCUCUCGGUGAUCUAUCUUAUGCUUCGUAAAGACGUUGUGGUCACAUUCAUUGAGCCACCAAAAUUCGACCCUAACGCUCAAGCUGUCAUGGAAGGUGGACAAAAUGGUGUUGACAGAAGGAUGGAGUCGAUGAAUGCACCUUAUAGAGAGGAUCUUGCUGAUAUCCCAUUGCCACAGUAAUCAGCUGAAACAUUUCAAGUGAAUUCUAAGACGUAAAUCGGUGUCCAGCUCUCUUACAGAUAACAUCUUCAUACCUGCAUAUGUUCUUGGAGUUUCAGGGUCGGUCUUAUCUGCAUAAUCUCGUAUAAUACUAAGGAUGUUGGUUUUUCUUUUUUCAUCAAGACUUGUUUGGACUAAACGUAUGUCCAAAUCAAGAGUAUUAAUUGUUUGUUUUGUGUGCUACAUAAAAAGUUUGAAGAUGCAAUUUUGCCCU